AAAUCGGUCUUUCACUCCUUUUUUUUAUUUUCCCCUUUCUUUCAUGGCAGAGCUGGUUCUGCGUCGUUUAUUUACUUUGGAUCUCCACAUCUCUUCCCACGCCGAGUGCCGUCCCUCUUUGAUAGUAAACAACGCAUCGAAAUGCCGCUAGCUCCAUCCUCGCCCAACUCUCCCACCCGCCGACGACGAAAUCUCUCAGAUCUCGACUUCUCCUCCGCAGCUCCGAGUAGCUUUACAAGGAACGGAUACGGCCAGAGCCCUCCGUACUCGCCACAGACACCGCGCACGUCUAUCCCACACUCACCCGUGACAACCAGGCAGCGAAUCUCGUCUUCAGGAGGAAUGGAAAGACCGGCCAGGUAUUCGGGCGAUUUUACUCCAGAUGUGAAUGCCGAUAGUGGCGACGGAGGAGGAUUGGGGAGUCUAGCAGAUGAGCUGGCGAACGCAUGGGAUGAUGGGUACGAGUAUGGAUACGGAGGAGAAGAUACGUCUGGACUACAGGAUGGAGAGGGUAUGGUGACUAUAGACGGCGUCGAUUCUCCGACAUCAGACAAUGCCGGCUAUAUCGAAUCAAUACACGAUAUGGGGAUAGGUAUGGGGGGCGGACUGUCGCACGGGGAUUCGGACUCUGGGGAGGAUCAGUUAAAACCACCCAGGCAGAGGCUAAAAGGCCACUCUCGGCAUCGGCGUCAUGAAUCCCUGUAUGAUGGCUCCGAUUAUGGGAAUGAUUCUGAUUUUGAUCAGCCCGGGGAUAUGCCACCGGGGUUAGAAGCUCAAAUGGCUGGAAUCGACGAUCUGGUACGAUGGAGCAAGGCAGACGAGACUAGCAACGAGCUCAUCGAUCAGUUUAUUGGCCUUCUACGGGAACUUGGCGGACAAGCUGGGAUUGAAAAUAGCACUACGAGGCUCAUCACCGCACAUAGCUCCCUGGUUUCCCACCUAACCCACCAAACUCGCUCCCUCCAGACCCUCACCCACCCGCUCCUUAUCUCCUCAUUUCCAACCCUCUCCCCAGAUGCCAUCGACGACCUGCUUCCCCUAAUCGACUCUAUCCUCCCCAACCUCCCUUUCCCCGAUCAACACCAAUCAGCCCACCACGGCACCGAUUCCACCUCCACGUCCGAUCCGGACCACUCAUCCGCCCACUCCCGUUCGCACUCUCACACCACACCGCUCCUCUCCCUCCAAUCCCUCCUCUCCCAAACCUCAGAUUUAACUCACACUCUCCGCACCCUGAACGACACCCUCCACGAAUCCCGCCAACUCACCUCCACCGCAUCCCGACGCCUCAAGACCGUCCGCGAACUCGUCAUCGAGAUGAGACGCGAAGAUGAAGCGCGCGAGGAAGGCAUUCGGUGGAUUGAAAAAGGUGGAUGGGAUGCGAAAUUAGCCGCGAGAGAGGCUGGAACGGUUUGCCAGAGCGUGGUCAGCGGGUUUGAAGCAGUCUGUGGAGAGUGGAGGAAUAGGCUGUUUGGGACGGCGGCGGCGGGCGCAGGGGCUACGGCGACGCCGGCAGAGGUUCCGGUCUCUUGAACACGAACACUCUCUCUUUACCUCUUUCAAGGUAUAUUUCUUUUUGUUCUUAUCAGUGGAUUGGGUGGUUGGUACAUAGACCCUUUUGACCCGGGAACCCAUCGCUUGGUUUCAGAAGAACAUUUCCUUUGAUUGCAUAAUUCAAUCCUGGGUUCCUGGUGAAAGAAAAGAUAAGUAUUUAGAUUGUCAUGUGUCCCUUUCCAGGUCUUUAUUUCCUUUUGUUGUAGCAGACUCUGGGUGCUUCAUCAAACCCUCCAGACACGGCAACGCUGUAUGAGAAACUUUUGCCUCCUAAUUUGAAUCAAAACUAAGAUAGAUUGUUAGAAAGCUGUCCAAAAACCCCUAGAUAGCUUGAAAAACGCUUCUAAUCCUGAAUAAAAACUCAUUUCUCAUUC